CUGCGAGGGGCGAGUGCGCGCGUAAAGGCAUAGAGACGGGCGUUGAGCUCUCGGGCUAGAGCGUCGCCGAGCCGGAGCCGGAGCCCGAGCCGCGCGCUGUGUCUCCGCUGCGUCCGCCGAGGCCCCCGAGUGUCAGGGACAAAAGCCGCCACCGCGCCGCCUGCUCUCGUCGCCGGGGCUCAUCCGCUGCCGCCGUCGCCCUGAGGAGAGUCUGCCGCCGUCUUCACCCGUGAGGAUCCGAGAGUCAUGUCGGCCAGCAGCCUCUUGGAGCAGAGACCAAAAGGUCAAGGAAACAAAGUACAAAAUGGAUCUGUACAUCAAAAGGAUGGAUUAAACGAUGAUGAUUUUGAACCUUACUUGAGUCCACAGGCAAGGCCCAAUAAUGCAUAUACUGCCAUGUCAGAUUCCUACUUACCCAGUUACUACAGUCCCUCCAUUGGCUUCUCCUAUUCUUUGGGUGAAGCUGCUUGGUCUACUGGGGGUGACACAGCCAUGCCCUAUCUAACUUCUUAUGGACAGCUGAGCAACGGAGAGCCUCACUUUCUACCAGAUGCAAUGUUUGGACAACCAGGAGCCCUGGGUAGCACUCCAUUUCUUGGUCAGCAUGGUUUUAAUUUCUUUCCCAGUGGGAUUGACUUCUCAGCUUGGGGAAAUAACAGUUCUCAGGGACAGUCUACUCAGAGCUCUGGAUAUAGUAGCAAUUAUGCUUAUGCACCUAGCUCCUUAGGUGGAGCCAUGAUUGAUGGACAGUCAGCUUUUGCCAGUGAGACCCUCAAUAAAGCUCCUGGCAUGAAUACUAUAGACCAAGGGAUGGCAGCACUGAAGUUGGGUAGCACAGAAGUUGCAAGCAAUGUUCCAAAAGUUGUAGGCUCUGCUGUUGGUAGUGGGUCCAUUACUAGUAACAUCGUGGCUUCCAAUAGUUUGCCUCCAGCUACCAUUGCUCCUCCAAAACCAGCAUCUUGGGCUGAUAUUGCUAGCAAGCCUGCAAAACAGCAACCCAAGUUGAAGACCAAGAAUGGCAUUGCAGGGUCAAGUCUUCCACCACCCCCAAUAAAGCAUAACAUGGAUAUUGGAACUUGGGAUAACAAGGGUCCUGUGGCAAAAGCCCCCUCACAGGCUUUGGUUCAGAAUAUAGGUCAGCAGCCAACCCAAGGGUCUCCGCAGCCUGUAGGUCAGCAGGCUAACAAUAGCCCACCAGUGGCACAGGCAUCAGUAGGGCAACAGACGCAGCCAUUGCCUCCACCUCCACCACAGCCUGCUCAACUGUCAGUGCAGCAGCAGGCAGCUCAGCCAACCCGCUGGGUAGCACCUCGGAACCGUGGCAGUGGGUUCGGUCAUAAUGGGGUGGAUGGUAAUGGAGUAGGACAGACUCAGGCUGGAUCUGGAUCUACUCCUUCAGAACCUCAUCCGGUCUUGGAGAAGUUGCGGUCCAUUAAUAACUAUAACCCCAAGGAUUUUGACUGGAAUCUGAAACAUGGCCGGGUUUUCAUCAUUAAGAGCUACUCCGAGGACGAUAUCCACCGUUCCAUUAAGUAUAAUAUCUGGUGCAGCACAGAGCAUGGUAACAAGAGACUGGAUGCUGCUUAUCGCUCCAUGAACGGGAAAGGCCCCGUUUACUUACUUUUCAGUGUCAACGGCAGUGGACACUUCUGUGGCGUUGCAGAAAUGAAAUCUGCUGUGGACUACAACACAUGUGCAGGUGUGUGGUCCCAGGACAAAUGGAAGGGCCGUUUUGAUGUCAGGUGGAUUUUUGUGAAGGACGUUCCCAAUAGCCAGCUGCGACACAUUCGCCUAGAGAACAACGAGAAUAAACCAGUGACCAACUCCAGGGACACUCAAGAAGUGCCUCUGGAAAAAGCUAAGCAGGUGUUGAAAAUCAUAGCCAGCUACAAGCACACCACUUCCAUUUUUGAUGACUUCUCACACUAUGAGAAACGCCAAGAGGAAGAAGAAAGUGUUAAAAAGGAACGUCAAGGUCGUGGGAAAUAAGAGGCAGUUCUGCACAGACUGCAGCAACGGUUGCAUCUGCAUAUCCUAAGAGGAAAAAAAUGACCUUCAAGAGAAUUAGGACUUUUUUCUUAAUUUCAUUGACUUCAGAGACGAUUGCAGACUUGCAGUUUAAGUAUUGGAAUUUCACAAAAGACAUAGGACUUAACUGGAAAAUGAAAAAAAAAAGAAAAAGGAAAAACUAAACAAAAAAUCCCUCUAGGUAGUUUAGGUGAAAAAUGUCCCUUUUAUUUUGGCUUUGGUUGUGAUUUCAGAGCAUAAUGCUUUGUUUUUUUGUCUUUUUACUAUGUUUUUCGGAUUUUAAAGUCCGUAAGUACAUACAGUUUUCUCUAAUUUUUAAACCCUUUCCUCCCCCCGUUUUGACAUUUGCACUUGGAGAACACUUGAGUUUUGAAGGUUUUGGGCAUCCACCCCAGAAAGUGGGAAUUUGGUUUUUUCCUUCCGAACUGGAAGAACAUUUUUAUGAAGAAUUUCUGUCUUGGAGAAUUUAACAGUGUUACCCAAGGUUGUGUCUUUAAGGGUGGUUCAUUUUCUCUGACCCUUUGUUACUCAAAGUAAAGUACUAGGAGUCCUAAGAAAUGUUCUGUUCUUGUACAUUAUACUGAUUAAGUCAGGAUUAAUUUGAUUUCAAAGCUAAGAACAGUGGUAAAAACUUGUUUACAGAAAUGCAUUUUGGAAGAGAAAAAUAUUGUAAAAACGUGUAGUGAAUGUUUCUUCAGUUUCUUGUUCAGCCAAUGAGGAAAGGGCAUUGCCUUUCUUUUUACCAUUAAUCACUUCUCAAUAAACGUGAGAUCCUGUUGAGCA